UAGCCAAACUGAAACUUGGAUCCUCAUCUUUUGGGCUGGAGAGAUGGCAUCUUUGAAGAGGAUCAUUGGUUGCAGCAUGGUAAUCCUGAUUGUUGUAUUUUCUGGGAUUAUCAUCAUCAUUUUGGCUUGUACUUUCACUGGGAGACUUUCAUCAGUGCUCAGUUCUGACAAAUCUCCUGUUGCCAAUCUUGGCGAAAACCAACUCCUCAGCUGCUACCUGCGCAUAGUCAAAAUCAUACCACUGUCCCAGAUGUCUGUGACGUGGAUGAAGAGUGGCGUGUCUGGGAUGGUCUAUCAGUUUAAGAAUGGGGCUGUGGACCUGGAGAACCAGAGCCCACAAUUCAAAGGUAGGGCAGCGCUGUCCCUAGUCGACCUGCGGACGGGGAACGCCUCACUGUUCCUGUCAGCGGUGAGGAAUGAGGACCAGGGUGUGUACACUUGCACCAUGAGCAGCAGCGCCGGAGCAGGGGCAGUUACUGUGGACCUACAUGCUGGAGCCUUUUCAGCACCAUCUUUCACAUUAUCAAACAGCAGUUUAACAGCUGUAGCAGAGCGCUGGUUUCCUGAGCCCAAUGUGACCUGGACCAACCUCAGUGGAACUGUUCUACAUGGGACCACAAGCCUGAACUCUAACAGUGCUGGUGUAUACAGUGUGGAAACUGUACUAUCAUCCAUAAACACGAGCAAUAGUUAUAUUUUGAAGAUUGAGAACAGCUUGAAGAUAUCAGUUUCAAAAGCAACUGUAACAGGCUCUGAGAUUAUACAGCAAACAUACCUGUACAACACCAACAAAGCAUCCUCACCACUGAUCACAUCCACAUCUCUCACCUUCAUGAUCGCUAUUUUAUAUUUUGGCCUGGCCAUUUUCCCAUAAGACUUUAUUUUCUCCAUUGAAAAACUUACAUUUGACCCAUCUGAUCAGUGCUACUGAGGCAACCUGUCAGGAGCAGUGACUGAUGAUAGAACAGGCCUGGGUCUAUAAGAGUGCAAAGGGUGCACCCUCAUUUAAAAUUGUUUGCUCCCUCAUUUUAGAUGUGUAAAUAAUUACACUUAAUUGAAGAUUAAUGUCUUGGCACCCCAUUGAAACACAUAUGCACCCUCAGUGGCAGUGUCUACAGUCCUGUUUAGUCAGUGUAACAAUUUUAACUAA